UCUAAGUUGGCGAAUGAUAGAACAAAAGUUCAUGUGCCGCUUUGCGUGGAGGAGGUACUUUCAGAAGAUCUGAAUUAAUUGACCAUGCAGGAGUUGAAGGACUUAGCCUUAAUCGAAACGGUUCACUUUAAAAUACCAUUUGGGGAAAAUGUUCUAAAUGCAAUCUAUACAGUACCAAAUGCACCUUUCACCUAUGGAGUAAUUCUCACGCAUGGUGCAGGCGGAGACAUGAAUUUCCAUCAACUGAUAUCUAUAACAAAAUUUCUUGCAUCUAAUGGAAUCUUAUGUGUGAGAUUCACGUGCAAAGGCCUCAACCUAGACUACAGAAUUAGAGCUUACAGGGCAGUGAUGGAAUAUCUGAAAUCAUCAACAGACUAUGAAAUAAAAAGAUGGUUUCUAGGGGGUCGAUCCAUGGGAUCUAGAGCUGCUGCCUGUAUUGUCAAGCAGUGUAAGAACACCCCUGAUGAAGAGCUUGUGCAAGGUCUCAUUUGCCUGUCAUAUCCACUGCACCCACCAAAGCAGCAGAGUAAACUUCGAACAGAAGAUCUGCUUCUAGUACGCCACCCAGUCCUUCUAAUUUCUGGAUCAGCAGAUGAAAUGUGUGAGAAAGAUUUAUUGGAUGGCGUGGUGAACCAAAUGCCAGUGACUGUCAAAGUACACUGGGUCGAAGGAGCUAACCAUGGAAUGGAAGUUAAAGGAAGAACAAGAGAAGAUAUCGUGGCUGAGAUUAAUACUGAGGUGCUUUCAUGGAUUCGUGAAAUGGUUCAAGAAAAAUAAGAUUUGUGCGGUUGUUUGCCAAUGAUUAAAACUUUCAAAAUA